AUGGAGCUGGUCCACCGACCAGCCACCUACAAGAGUUGGCUGCAAAGCCAAGCUCGUGGCCCGCGCCUGCCACCCACGCUGCUGACUCGGACCUGGAGUGAAACCAGCGUGAAGUACAUGAAGGAGAUCUCCCCCUACUUCAAGAACUCCUCCGCGGGGGCGACAGUCAGCUGGGACCCCUCUCCCACUGCCCUGCAGAAGCGGUCGUCCCCCCUCCUACCCCCUCGGGAGCUCCGUGAGGGCAGGACUGUGCCUCUGAAGAUGUGCUAUGUAUCCCGCAAGUGCCUCCCCGCCGACCCGGAGCACAGGUACCUGGAGGUGUGCUCGGCAGACGGACGUGUUGCCCUCUUCCUGCGGGCGAAGGACGAGGCCACGGCGCAGUCAUGGCUCAGCGCCAUCCAGGCCAAUGCAGGUGCACUGCUGCCGCGGGUGAAAGAGGAGCUGCGAGCCCAGCUGGCGGGUGCUGGCACAGUGGCCGGACGGGACAUCAAGCACGUGGGCUGGCUGACGGAGCAGCUCCCCAGUGCCGGCACCAGGAACCUCUUGGCCAUCCUCACCGAGAAGGAGCUGCUGCUGUACGGCAGCCUCCCGCAGAGCCGCGACGCCCUGGGCAAGCCCACCCACAGCUACCCCCUCAUCGCCACCAGGGGCUGGGGUUGGUGGCAGAGUCUGGUGGUCAGGGCAGAGUCCCCCCAGUAUUGGUGGCAGAGCCCCAGGCAGGGCACCCGCGGCCCAGCCGAGCUGGUCCAGGAGGUCUCGGCAGCCUGCACGUGGAAGGGGCAGGAUUGCCCCCUGUCCAUCCACAUCGACAAGGGCUUCACCAUCUCCACCACCGAGCCCGGGCUCAGCAAGACCAUCCUGCUCCAGCAGCCCUUCGAGAAGCUGCAGAUGUCCUCUGAUGACGGCACCAAGAUGCUCUACCUGGACUUCGGUGGACCGGAGGGAGAGAUUCAAUUGGACCUUCACUCCUGCCCCAAAACCAUCGUCUUCAUCAUCCACUCCUUCCUCUCGGCCAAGGUGACCCGGCUGGGGCUGCUGGCAUGA